CUUUUUUCUUUUAUUCCAUUUUGAAACCAACUAUAAUCAUUGAUGACAGAAUUCGUUGUAUACGAAGACACGCCUUUAGCUGAAUAUUUAACGUCGAUUGACAGUGUGGAAACCACUGUGAAACUACCUUCAUUACAGCGCGACAUGACUGAUAAGAAGAUGGGUGCAUCUUCGUGGAUUUCGCAACAGAUCCUCUUGCCGCGUUGGUCAGACGCUCUUUAUCACUAUUGGAGACGGUCUCUAUUCCAUGAUACGUUUUCAACAUGUCUCCCGCUCGCUGAAGAAACCGAGUUUGAAGAAAAGUUCAAAUAUCUCGUUGCCACGUCUCCACUGAUGAGCGAAGUUAUGUCUGUCCAUAACGCCAGCAAAAAAAAGCAUGCACAACAGCACAUGACCGCAACCGACUACUCGACCCCGACAAAGAAAGUGUUCCGAGCGGGCAGCAUAGGAACUGUCGCUACCAUAUCCGGCCUCUUGGUUGCCUUGGGCACAGAAACGAUCAUGAUCCAACAGCGACAACAGCAGCGGCAACAGCAACAACCUCCUUCACCAACAGCGCCAUUGAAAUUGAUUGCGACCCCAGCUUUGUCACUGACAAUGCUGCUUACUGGAGGUGUUUCCAUGUUUUUCGUCUAUCGACACAAGCGCCGGUCCGGGAUACGCCAACUGUAUCAGACCGCAUUAAACCGCUUACAAACACUGAUGGAACAAUCCGAGACGCUCGAUAGCAAAGUCCAUCGUACGCUGAUCACAAUCCAAGAAAUAGAGUUGGUUUCCCGCGGUUACAGACUAUCUACGCCACUUUCACCCAUCUCCCGCAUUGAACAAAGUAGCAAAUCCCGACGAUGCACUGCAUUACGAAACCAUUUAGCUGCCAUGCUACGCCGUGCAUUCAUUGUGUACGAAGAAGCCAUCAUUGAUCUGAUCGACCACGUCAACAAAAACAACCUGUCGCAUCUUUACGAUAUGUACAACGUACGCUCUGUCGCAUCAUUAUCAUCAAUCGAUCGGAUAGAAGAGGAUGAGAAUGGUGUGUCAGUGGAGCGCCUGCGAGCACUUGCACAGUUGAUGCACGCAAAACGACGAGAAUGUAUGAUGCAGCUGUUGGCUCUAGAUAUCAUGUCAGAAGGUCAUGAUUCGGUGCGUCGAGAUUAUGAGGCUGGAUGGCGAGGCGUGAAUACAGUGCUGACAAUGCUCGUGGACGAGACCAAGGUGUUUGUCAAGGAUAUUAUGGACGCAUUACAGACGGAAUUAUACAAACCUGUUGUUGAAUCACCUGCAUCGCUGAGCGCCAACGGCUCGGUGACCGACGGCAGAUUAAAACCAUUCUUGCAUAGAUUGGCUUCGUUGGAUCAACAGAUGCGGACCUUGGAAGCAAAGUUUUAUCUGUGCAAUGAUGAUAUUCGUCAGCUCACUUCAGCGGACAAUGGUGAAGGAAUCUCAAGUGUUGAGGAUCUACGAGAACGACUCAAGCGCGAAUACAUGUCGAUUCAACAAGACUUUAGCCAAAUGGUUGUCGAGUGGGAAGCUGGACGUGAGGCUCUAAUGGGAUUUCUCGAGCCGCCUGAGCUCGAUCCAUCGCCAUCGUCUUCAGCGUCGUCACACAAGCAAGGAAACAAUCUACCAUCACCUCUGCCUUCCCCGUCGCUAGAGGCACAGGACGGACAAAAGUUGUUUGAUUCCGAAGAAAACGGAGUUUUUGAUCUUCCACUACCGGCAAGAGCUUCCGUCUUUGAAGCUGUUGCGGAGACGGUUGAACGCAAUGCAAACGGACGGUCCACCAAGAGCCGAGCCGAGCGCAUUGCUGAAAUGCGUGCCAAGAGGGAACAAGAAGUUCGCCAACGGUCCACUAGAAUGGAUCCACAAAGUAUGGUUCAUGAGCUUAAGAACGUUCUUGAUAGGCGAGCAACCGAAUUUGAUCUUGAACCCCACCCUAACACCACCAGCAAUAAGGACGACACUAGCAAUGACGAUGCCAAUUAAUCCGCCACUAUAUUCCCCAGUUCACUCCCUCUCUUCAUCUUCACCCAUCCUCUACUACAUGCGCAAAUGCGUUCAUGAUACCCCCACUUUUUUCGUUGCAGUUUAGAAAAUUA